UUCUGUGUUUGGGUGGUGUAAUGGUUGUUUAUGUUUGGUCUGUCUUUGUCAUGGAAAAGUUUGCUGACCACUGGUGUAUCUUACUACCGUCCACGCCCACGUCACUGCCACGAUGCCAGAGACCAGCAUCCACAUCAAUGAAAAGGUGACGCGCUCUGCAGCGACGUGUGUGCCCCUCUGCUGAGCAGUCUGCGCGCGCUCCGGCCGCGCUGCCGCACAGCCAUCAGGUGGUGAAAUGUAGCCUAACUUACCGCGGGCAGCCUCUGCUAUGCUAUUAUGGGUCGACCAUGGAGAGAAAACGGUGUAUGAUGUCGAUGAUCAACCCACCGAGACAGACUAGACCAGAUCCGCAGCAAUGAGCUCCUCCUUUCCAAAAUCUGAAUCCACGACCUCCUUACUGAAAUCAUCCUCUGCGGCGAAGAGACCCACACACCUCCCCGAACGCACAGCAGAAAGCCGGAGAAGUCAGCAUCACCAUCAGCAUCAGCACCAGCAUCACCACCGUCCCGCUGCACUCCAGAGCAGCAGCAGCAAAGCCGAGGAGUCCUUCUGGUCGGCCGAGUGCGACAUCAGUGCCCGGAGACCCCUGUGUCACCCGUCCCUCAUCGGCAGCCAGGACAGUAGUAAUGAUGCAGCCACUCGAGGCAAGAGUAAGUCACAUGCCCCCCACAGCCAAGUUCCGGACCCGCCGGAGCCAAACGGCGAGGCGGGCCGAGGUGUGAGGGAGCGCUGCAGGACAUCCAAGCCCACACACCGGCACCACCACCGCAGGAAGCACAACCGGGAGGACCGUCCAGCGGCAGCGGGACCACCUGAACCUGAGCAUCCCCGUCGCUGUCACACGCACGCACGCCCGGUCCCCAGGGUGCCCUCUCUGUCGGACAGCAACGAUGACAGGGCUCCCCUCUGUGAGCCGAAGGACCAUAAAGGGGUCAGUGUGGCGAACAGCGGGGGUCAUGUCAGCAGUCCAUCCCCGUCCUCCUGCUCCCUGGUCCCGCUGUCCAGCAGAUCCUCUCGCCGCUCCCGGAGGUCUAGUGCUGCUUCUUCUGCAUCUGAUAUCAAUUUACGCACGAUCCUCAAUUCACUGUUUGGGCAGAUACUCCAGGAUGCUGAGAGGAGAUUCGGAGGGGUGCUGCCCUGUGAGGAGAUGGGCCAGGCAGGGUAUCUUGGGCCAUAUCAGGAGUCCAUUGUUUCCAUGACACAAAACUGCAUUCUCGUGAGGAACGCACGGUUGCAAACCUGUGUCUUCCUGAGUAAAGGCAUGGCCGAGUGCAGGCAGGCUGACAGAGAGCUGCGGCCAGAAGAAAUGGAUGAGUUACGGGACGCUUUCAAAGAGUUCGACAAAGACAAGGACGGUUUCAUCAGCUGUAAAGACCUUGGAAACUGUAUGAGAACUAUGGGAUACAUGCCCACUGAAAUGGAGCUGAUUGAGCUGAGUCAACAGAUAAACAUGAACUUGGGAGGUCAUGUUGAUUUUGAGGAUUUUGUAGAGUUGAUGGGCCCAAAACUCCUCGCCGAAACUGCAGACAUGAUUGGAAUAAAAGAGUUAAAAGAUGCUUUUCGAGAGUUUGACACUAAUGGAGACGGUGCCAUAAGCACAUCAGAGCUCCGAGAUGCAAUGAGGAAGUUGUUGGGCCAACAGGUGGGUUUAAAGGAAGUCGAAGAUAUCCUGAGGGAUGUUGACCUGAAUGGUGAUGGGCUUGUUGACUUUGAAGAGUUUGUACGAAUGAUGUCUCGCUAAGAUCAUAAAAUGAUCGGUCCUGAAUGUGAAGCUGUGUCCGUCUCUAUACUUGACCAAGUACACCAGAGGACAAGCUAAGAUCUCUGAGCCAUCGAAAAUCUGAAUGACACUGGAAUCAAAACUCCUCGAAUGUUAGGGAGCGAGGAAUCACCUCACACUUUCAAUCAAUAAGUGUUCUUCCUGAAAAGUCUCCAGUUCAACUGAGGCAGAAUUUGCUGUAGCCUAGCUGAUGAUUGUCCAACUUAUGUUUUUGCACUUUAAUUCUCACUAAAUAACUUCCUGUGUGGAUAGAUUGCUGGUGUCUUGUCUCAUUCUCUACAUGGUAAAAAUAAGAGUCGCAAAAUGUCGCCUUCAAUGUACAACUAAGUCGGUGUGAGAGAGUGAAUGCCUGGAGAUAAGAUGUUAAGAUCAGUACACUGUUAAACAUUUCAGUAUGUCUCCACACAGUAUGUGUUAUAUUAGAGAUUGUAAGUGGAAUGUCCUUGUCCUGUGACAUUGGUGCUCCAACCAGGAACCCAUGUGGCAAUAUAACACCUGUAUUGUAACUGUGUGACCAUCUGUGACUUUUCACUGUGCCAGUCGAGUCCUGUAAAAGCAUCACUGUCUGACAACUACAUGCAACCAAGAAGCAGAUCUCUGAUAUUAAUGAGAAACAGAACUCUGACACAUUUCAUAUGUUAUUCACUACGGUCUUAGAUCAAGGGCAGUGGAAACACCAUUUACAAGGACGCACAGCUCUUGGUUUGCAGCAUUAUAUGCUAUGUCUUUCAAUACUCACAGGUCCGAAGUCCUUAAGCUUGCUUUAGGAACAAGUAAUGUCUGGUUUUAAAAAUUCAUAUUGCCCUGUCUAAGAUAAUAUAGAAGGAAUGACAUAUGAACUGUAUUUACGGUGGAUGUGACUAUGUUGUACCUGUACUGUAUGUCAAUGUCAAUAUGAUUGUAGUUGUGGUAAUGUUCCACACAUCUGUCUUGUUCAAGCAAUUUUUAUGCAUGCCAAAGAGAAAAAUUUAUUAAAUUCAGUAUGCACAUUUACAUUUUUUGUCUAACAAAUUAAACAAAAUGUUUUGCCAAGUUAACUGUAGAAAAAUAAAA